AUGCAAAACAUCCGCGCCAAGAUCAAGAGGACGCUCUCCCUGCAUGACAAGAACCGUACAUCCACUCCCAUCCACAUCCAUCCCAUUCCCCCCAUCCAUACAAUACUAACCAACAUUUCUCAAAGCCAACCUCGACGAACACCACGAACCCGAAGACAUUGACGAAGAGACGACGGGCCACCUGCACCGACAGAUAGAGAAAGCCGAAGCGGACGGCCACGACCAGGGCAAGCCGGGCAGUUUUCUGAAUAAGUUGAUUACGCACGGGAAUAAGAAGACGGAAGAGCAGAUUGCCCGGGAGAAUGCGAAGCCGCAGGGGUCGAGGGGUUCGUCGUGA